UGGUGCAUGGGAAUGGCAACGCACGAACGGAGGACCACACCACGAGUCUCGAAAACGCAUCGCGUCGCGUCCCACACCAAACUCCAACGCAACAAGCAGCAGCAGCAGUAGAAGAAGAAGAAACCCAGCAGCAGCAGCAGAGAGAGGGAGAGGGAGGCACCAACCAAACCCGAAACAGAAGCCACCGCCACCGCUUUGCCCUUGCCUUGUCUCGCCGCCGGCAUUGGCAUUGGCGUCUCCAGCCAGGGGGAGAGGAGAUCGGGAGGAGGGCAGGGGCUAUGAUGAUGCGGCGGGUGGCACCGCCGGCGUCGGGGGAGGAGGCGGAGGCGGAGGCGGAGGCCGGGUCGUCGACGAUGCCCGACUGGCUGGAGACGCUGCUGUCCACGCGCUUCUUCCUCGCCUGCGCCGCCCACCCGGCGUCCCCGCGCAACGAGUGCAACAUGUUCUGCCUCGACUGCCCCCGCGCGCCGCCCUCCCCCGCCUUCUGCUACUACUGCCGCUCCCACCGACACCAAGCUCACCGGGUCAUCCAGGUCGCCCACCUACCCUACCCUACCCUUCUCUUCUUCUUCUUCUUCUUAUCUUGGAUCACUUCACUUCACUUCAUCGAUCGAUCAAUGGCCGGCCUCCCUGCCCUGCAGAUACGCCGCUCCUCCUACCACGACGUCGUGCGCGUCUCCGAGGUGGAGGACGUCCUCGACAUCUCCGGCGUCCAGACCUAUGUCAUCAACAGCGCCAAGGUCCUCUUCCUCAACGAGCGCCCCCAGCCACGCGGCGCAGGCGCCGCCGCCGGCAAGGCCGCCGCCUCCCCCUACAACUGCAAGAUCUGCGCACGCGCCCUCCUCGACCCCUUCCGCUUCUGCUCCCUCGGAUGCAAGCUGGUGGACACCAAGACGGGCGGGCGCGGUGGGGCCACCGCGGCGGCCGGCGACGCGGGCGGCGUCGGCAAUGACGAGGCCGGCGGGAGCAAGAGCGUCGGCGGCGCGGCGCGGCCGCAGGGGAGGCGGCGCAAGGGGAUCCCCCAGCGCGCGCCCUUCGGUUCGUGAGUCGUCAUCACCAUUACAAAAAAGCAAACAAGAAAGAAAGAAAGAAAGAAAGCAUCUCUCUCUGGCAAUGCCGAGAAGGGAAGGGAGAAAGGGAGCACGCCAAAAGUAAGGAAUUCUACUACCCGCGUUGCUGCCGCUGAUUGCCAAUUGCAGUUGCUGUCUCACCUCACCACCAUUACCAUUACCGCACGGAGAAGAUGAAGAAGAACAAGAAGAAGCGUCAACACAAAAAAGAAAACCAAAAGCAACCCAACCCAACCACCGGGGCAGCAGCAAAUGCAUUACGCAAUUUGUAUUGCCAAACUACCAGAAACAUAUUGCACACUACUACACCCACAGUUAAGUAAAUUUGUCGAUACACACAAGAUACAGACACCAAUACUUUUUUCCCAUACCACACCAUUCAGUAGGUAGGAGCUGAGCUCAUGUCAUUGUCAUUAGCUCAUCAAUUCCUCCUAGCACCUAGUCAGUCCUAGGCACUAUUACUAGUACAUUUUUAGACGAUUGAGAGUUCUAAUAUUAGGACUCACUAUUCUUUCCAGAUUUUUGAUUGGUUGACUGAUAAUAUGAUACCGGUAAUUACAUUGUUCAAAAAUAGCUGAUUCCCACAUUAUUGUUGUUAAUUCCUCCAUCCAUGUCAUAUGCUACAAGAUUCCAUGCUAUUAAUUGUUGUUGUACACCCGCAUUGUUACCUCACUCUGCUCCUGCUUAAGAAUAAAGAGAGAGAAAAAUGAAACCAACCACUACUAGUUGUUUUCUAUGGUCAUUAGGAACAAGAAGUUUGUCUUUAUGGUUGGCUGCUAGCUAAGCUUUGUUAGCACAUCAUAUCAUUGUGUACAAGAAGUAGAAGAAGAGGAGGAAGAACAGGUCAAGAAGAAUUAAGUGAUCAGAGCGAUCGAUUACACUUGCUGGCCUGCCUUUGUGUUGAUAAUGUGCUGCUGCUCUUUUAAUGCCAUAAGCCUGGAUGUGAGUGAUGUGGGGGAGUAUACAUUAUUGUUGCUGUUGGGGCCGCCUAUCAAGUCCUCUCCUUUCCAUUGCUUUCCUACAUUACAUUGGACUAUAGGACUAUAAUGCUUGCUUGUACUAUGUAUGUAUGUAUGUUUCUUUCUGAAAUUUUAUAUAUAUUCAGAACAUCAGAUUAAUCAAAAGUAUUAUGCAGACGAUUUGGCCCCAGCAGCUGUUGUCGUCGAGCAUAAAGCUAGUUAAUCAGCAUGCCGACGGCUAAUACGUAUACAUACAUAAACAUAAGGGUAUCAGUUGAUUAGCACAUGCAUAUAAUUGUAUAUGUAAUGAGCAGAGGUUGGGAUGGAUGUUGAUGUGCAUUGUGCAUUUGUGCAAGCAAGCAAGCAGGGAAAAGCAAAUAAUGGGCGAGCCCAACCAAC